AUGCGAUCACGGCAUGAAUCACAGACUUUCCGACUGCCACACCAUUCAUCCUCCAGUUCCAGUAGUUCUCCCCCACCUGCUAGUUGCAAGCACAAUUCAUCAUCAGCGUCUCAGUCUGGCCCUGAACGUCCCUUAUUUGACUCAACAUAUCAUUCGCGCAGCUGGAGCAGAUCAGAGGGAGCUUCUGACAGUCGCACUCAGGCUAGUGGCGGUCGGAGAAUCUGCGAUGGUCAAGGGAAUCCCAUACCCCCAGAUGCUCCACCACCUCCACGCCCAUCAGAUCGUGGAUCUGACGACUGGACGCCAUACAACGAUCGUGUCGAGUUUGAAGUUGCUGAUUUCCUGUACUGUCGCAACCAAAUGUCUGCAGGCGAUAUUGAUUUUGUAUUCAAUCUGUGGGCAGCUUCAUUAGCAGCUCACGGUGAUACCCCGCCAUUCACAAACCACACCGACAUGUACGACACCAUCGAUUCAACUCCUCUCGGUGAUGUUCCCUGGCAAAGCUUCAGCUCGCAGUACAACGGAAUUUUACCUGAUGACCCAGAUGACAUUCCAUCAUGGAUGAAGUCUGAGUAUGACAUAUGGUUCCGAGACCCUCGGCUCCUGGUUCACAACAUCAUAUCAAACCCGGAUUUCAAGGACGAAUUCGACUAUGCACCGCUACAGGAGUAUAGCGACUUUAUGUCCGGCGACUGGUGUUGGAAACAGGCCAUAAGCAUUGCUCACUUACUCCUUCGCGACUUAAUUGCGCAAGAUCCGGAUACAAUAGGAUCGAUGUUCGUCCCUAUUAUCCUUGGAAGUGACAAGACAACAGUCUCUGUCGCCACUGGCCAUAACCAAUAUUGGCCGGUCUAUAUGUCCAUUGGCAACAUCCGCAACAAUGUGCAGCGUGCACACCGCAAUGGUGUCGUACUACUUGGCUUCUUAGCCAUUCCAAAAGCUGAUAAUGAAGACACCAAGGACGCACACUUCCGAAAGUUCCGCUGCCAGCUUCUACACUUGUCACUUGCAAAAAUGCUUGAAACCCUCAAACCUGGCAUGACCAAACCGGAGGUUGUCCGUUGCCCUGAUGGCCACUUUCGACGAGCUGUGUAUGGUCUUGGACCAUACAUAGCUGACUAUCCCAAGCAAGCACUGCUUGCAUGUAUUGUACAAAAUUGGUGUCCAAAAUGCACCGCACCAGCAGACGGUCUCGAUGAAGGCACAUAUGGCCGACGUUCCCGCAAUCACACUGAAGUUUUGGUUGAGGAAUUCGAACUAGGUGUUCUGUGGGAUGAAUACGGCCUUGUUGGAGACAUUGUGCCAUUCACUAAUUACUUUCCAUGCGCCAACAUACACGAGCUUCUCUCCCCAGAUAUCUUACACCAGCUCAUCAAGGGAGUGUUCAAGGACCACCUAGUUAGUUGGGUGCACGACUACAUCGAAGCUCAAUAUACAGAAGCCAACGUGAACAAGAUACUGGACGACAUUGACCGUCGCAUCGCUCUAGCUCCAGCGUUUGCAGGCCUUCGACGAUUUCCAGAGGGUAGAGGAUUCAAACAGUGGACUGGUGACGACUCAAAAGCUCUCAUGAAGGUCUAUAUACCUGCUAUCGAAGGUCAUGUACCCAAAGAGAUGGUACAGGCUUUGCGAGCGUUACUCGACUUCAUCUACAUCGCUCGCUGCAACAUCAUCAGCUCUAACAGCCUCGAUGCAAUGGACGAUGCCUUGAAGCAUUUCCACAGGUACCGCGAGAUAUUCCAAACAUCCGGUGUUCGACCCAGAGGAUUUAAUCUCCCUCGACAACAUUCACUCAUCCAUUACCAUAAGCUCAUUCGAGCGUUCGGCGCACCAAAUGGGCUUUGUUCAUCUAUAACAGAGUCCAAACACAUUAAAGCCGUCAAGGAGCCAUGGCGCCGGUCGAGUCGUUUCGAGGCUCUCAGUCAAAUGUUACUUACCAAUCAGCGUCUCGACAAGCUAGCCACUUCACGCGUUGAUUUUGUUGACCGCGGGAUGCUACGAGGGACGUGUAGUGCAGACGAGGGUGAGGGUAACACCAAUGCUGAGCCUGAUGCUGAUGCUGUUGAUGGGCCAACGGUCCUUGCCCAUGUUGACCUGGCAAAGACAGCUGCCAGACGGAUCUACCCAGAGCUCAUUGCAGAUCAGAUAGGUCAACCCAACUUCACAACUUUGAUUCAGCAUUUUCUGCGUGACCAAUGCCGUGCUGACUCUGACUCAUCUAGCUCUGACUCCUCCCGGUCUGCACUUCCUGAGAUCUACGAAAAGAUCACACUGUACACUUCAGCCGUGGCCACCUUCUUUGCUCCUAGUGAUUUAUCGGGGAUUGGCGGUAUGCGCUACGAGCGUAUUCGCGCUGUAGAUACGUGGAGAAAUGGCCCUGGGCGCUAUGAUUGUGUCUUUGUUAGCACUGAUUCGUCUGCCGAUGGCAUGCAUGGCCUUGACAUUGCUCGAGUGAGACUAUUUUUUUCUUUGAAGCAUGAUGGUAUCACGUACCCUUGUGCACUUGUACAGUGGUUCAAAUGUGUGGCUGACUCCCCAGAUGAAAUUACGGGAAUGUGGGUUGUAGAGCCGGAGCUUCUUGAAGAUGGAGCACGCUGUGUGUCUGUCAUCCACCUUGAUAGUAUAUUUCGUGUGGCCCACCUUAUACCAGUAUUUGGGGGCGACUUUGUGCCAACCAAUCUCACUUACUCGCAGACACUCGACGCUUUUUGCACUUAUUAUGUCAACAAUUUCAUUGAUCAUCAUGCAUAUAAGAUCGCAUUUUGA